AUGGCAACAUUUUGCAGACGAAAAUCUCGUGAACUAGCCGACGCUAAAGAUAUUCCCGGGUCUCAUACGUAUGAGCUUUUGUGCAAUCAAUUAUGGGCCUUGUUACCUAGCUUUUGUAAUAACCCGAAAGAUAUAAGCGAUAGCUUUAAAAUGAUGGCCAGAGUUUUAGGGUCUGUGUUAAAAGAUAACCCGGAGUUUAGGUCGUCAGUUAUGGCGGGGUUAAGGAAGUUGAUUUCUUCUGCGGAAAUUGAGGAAGAUAAAUUGGAAUUAGCAAAAUAUGCGAAAAAUUAUGUCCCGAUAUUGUUGAAUGUUUAUAUGACGCCAGCGAAAGGUAAUACGGCGGAGGGACAGCGGUUGGCAGCAUUGGACACUAUACAGGUUUACCUAACAAUAAGCGAUCAGUCGCUACGGCAAGAACUCUUCGAUAACUCAGUAAAACAGCUAGAAACAUCAGAAAACAAUCAUUUUCAACGCGAAUCAAUAUUAGAUAUUAUUCGAAUACUUGUUCUGUACCAAAAUAGUGCCCAAAUAGCCAAUUUAUUUGAGAAAUGGGUUUAUCCACUGUGUGAAACGGUUCUCGAAAACCCGAAGAAUCAAAAGAAAGCCAAAAAGAAUGAAAUAGAAGAAAAUAAAGAAAACGGUAAAAUGGAAGCGGACGUUCAGCAAACAAAAUUAAGGCAUAAAGACAAAGCUAGAUUAAUAGAAAUGGAACAUAAAAAGGCCUAUAGGAUUCUAGAAGAGAUCUUCAAAAGCGAGAGUGAGAGUUGCAAAGAGUUCCUAAAAGAGAGUUAUAAGAAGAUCAAGAAACUCUUAAUGACGUCGCUGAAUAAAGUGGCUGACAGCAGUAAGGCACCUAGGUUAAGAUGCAUAGAACACUUUAUAAGCCUAUCUGCACCAAAUUUGAGUGCAGACAGCAAACUACUGAAGUCAGCAAUUGCGGAGGCGGUUAUAUGCACCAAGGAUAUUAAUUCAAAGUGUAGACAAUGCGCCUUUAACUUGAUCAGCACUAUUGGGAAUGUAUUGAAGACUCGGGAUGGAGGUAUGACAGCGUAUAUAGAAAUGCUAGAAGCAGGUCUCUCCGCACCACUUCCGAGGGUAGUUGGAGCUACAAUCAGAGCAUUAGCUUCUGCACUUUUCAAUUUAUCUGAAGAUAUGGGUCUAACAAUUGUUCAGGAGCUGCUGGAAAAGAUGGCUGCGCAAAUGCUGAAUACCAACAGAGAGAUUGUCGCUGCUGCUAUGAGUUUUCUCAAGGUCUACACAAAGGUAAUUCCGAAGGAUGUCAUAGCGGGAAGUCUCCCACUCAUAUUUAGAACACUGUCCUGUAUGAAUGAGGACUGUAAGCGACACUCUAGGGUAGAAAUUGGGUAUUUCUUAUCCCGAAUGACUAGGAAAUUUGGCGCUGAAACGGUGGAAAAAUUGAUUCCAAGAGAAGACGAAGUCAUGUUGCGGAGGCUGAGAAAUAUCAGGAAGAUUGAUAAUAGGAAGAAGAGAAUGAAGGACGGACAAAGGGAUCAAGAGGCAGAUUCGGAUGACAACCUUCAUGUGAAAGGUGUCUCUAAGACCUUGGAAGACAUUCUCAAGGACUCAGAUUCUGAACUGGAGGAAAUGGAGGAACGGCCCAAGGCCAAAGCUAAAAAGGGAAGAAGCCAGGCUUGGAUCCAAGACGAUCCCGAAAAUAUCGUGGACUUGGCUGAUAUGUCCUCUUCUAGGAAGAUUACAGCGACGGAUCCAAAACAAAAGAAGAAAUCUAUGGAAGAAAAAAGUCAAAAGAAGAAAGACGGUGGUUUUAGGACGGCAGCUGAUGGAAGACUCAUCAUCAGUGAUGAAGCUUUUGAUGGUGAUGAUGAUGAUGAUGAUGAUACCAAACCUAGUGGAGAUAUUGAUACAGAUACUGAUGAUACAGAUGAUGAAGGCAAAGAAAAACCAUCGAAACUCCUGAAAACUGGAGCCAAACGCAAAUAUGACGACAUUCUUAGUAUAAAGAGUGGUAAAACAGCAAGAAGUCGAGCGUCUACAGCCACUGUUGUCUCCAAAUAUAAAGCUGGAGGAAAGGGUAUCCAUCGACCCCUUAGUUCUGCAGCAUCAGUGACGUCAGCGGGUACAGAUUACCGCUCAAAGAAAGCAAAGGGUGACAUCAAGAAGAAAGGUAAACCUGACCCCUACACGUACUUACCACUGUCAAGGAAGAAUCUUAAUAAGAGGAAAAAGGCUGUUACAACGCAACAAUUUAAGGGAAUUGUUAAAUCUAAAACGAAGGCAAAACUCAAGUUUAAGAAGUGA